AUCACGCUGUGACGUACUACUUCCUAACAUGCGCAGUGGUUGACAAGUACCCGACGCAUUGUGGGAAUGAUGGCGUCGUCAGCUGCUCGCUGGUCUACACGUUGGUUUACUGUCAUCUUGUCCUCCGGACAUCAACGUGCAGCCUGUGCCCUUGUCUCGUCUUCCCAUGGAGGAGUCCGUGGAGUUUCUACAUUCAGAGCCGGGACGCUUUGUCCCGGAGGGAACCUGGGCUGUGGCGGGGCUGGGAAAGGGUUGACAUUGAAAGGGCUUCCAGGUUUCAAAACGUCCCACAUUGUGUGCACGUUUCACACAAGCCCAUCAGCGAACAACAAGCAGGACUUUUACCAGAUCCUUGGUGUACCUCGUACGGCAACCCAGAAGGAGAUCAAGAAAGCCUACUAUCAGCUGGCCAAAAAGUACCAUCCUGACGCCAACAAAGAUGACCUGCAAGCCAAGGAGAAAUUUGCUCAGCUGGCUGAGGCUUAUGAGGUGCUGGGCGACGAAGCCAAGAGACAGCAGUAUGACACGUACGGCUCUGCGGGCUUUGAUGCCGGGCGAGCCAGCAGCGGGCAGCAGUAUUGGUCCGGACAAGCCGGCAAUGUGGACCCGGAGGAGCUUUUCCGCAAGAUUUUUGGCGAAUUCUCAGCAGGGCGAGGAUUCGGGGACUUCAACGCCAUCUUUGAUCAGCCACAGGAGUACAUCAUGGAGCUGACGUUCACUCAGGCAGCAAAGGGGGUCAACAAGGAAAUAUCUAUAAACAUGGAGGCAUCCUGCCAGCGUUGCGAUGGCAAGGGCCACGAGCCAGGCACCAAGGUCCAGCACUGCCACCACUGCAACGGCUCCGGCAUGGAGACGGUAAACACGGGCCCGUUUGUGAUGCGCUCCACAUGUCGGCGCUGCGGUGGCAAGGGAACGGUCAUAUCGUCCCCGUGUCACUCGUGCCGUGGGACGGGGCAAACCAAGCAGAGGAAAACCGUCAUGGUGCCGGUUCCCGCGGGAAUGGAGGACGGUCAGACUGUCCGAAUGCCCGUCGGGAAGAAGGAGAUCUUCAUCACUUUUAGGGUCCAAAAGAGUCCAGUGUUCAGGAGGGACGGCGCUGAUAUCCACUCCGACCUUCACAUCUCGGUGGCACAGGCCAUCCUGGGCGGCACGGCCAGAGCGCAGGGCCUCUACGAGACGCUCAAUUUAGCCAUCCCGGCAGGAAUCCAGACAGACCAGAGGAUCCACCUGGCAGGGAAGGGAAUCGCUCGCGUCAGCGGCUACGGCUUUGGGGAUCACUACAUCCACUUCAAAAUAAAAGUACCCAAGACACUGACAGACCGGCAGCGAGCUCUGCUGAUGAGCUACGCUGAGGACGAGGCGGAUGUUGACGGAACGGUUAACGGCGUCACGGCCACCAACACGGGUGGGGGCAGCAGUGGUAAGCAUUGUGAGGAGUUGAAACAAGAGGGGGGCUUCUUCUCCAAAUUGAAGAAGUUGUUUAGUUCUUCCUGACAGCCACAAAGCAGGACUCUUGUGUUGUCCAAUCACGUCCCGUCUUUGCACACGCAUCCUUAUCUCCUCUCCAAGGUAAGAGAUCUUCAUGGAACUGAGAUGCUUCAUCACGUCGUGCAAGGACAGCCGUUUUUGACGCCCGCAUCAUCAAACUUAAAGACUCCAACGGGCUCAAACGCUUGUCAUUUGUGUUCCAAAGACUCCACCCAAGCGGUAGCAGUCCGCACGUGCACACACAGAUGGAGCAAGUAGACACGGGUAGAGUAAAAUACGACAUCCUGCUGCUGCUUUGGAGAAUGCAUAUCAACACGUGGAUGAGACCCCCCCCCCUCGCAACACGUAGCUCAAUUCAUGUCAGCAUUCCGUAGUUGAGUUGAUCCGGCCUUCUGUGCCAUCGUUACGCUUGUACAGUUACAUUGAACGCAACACAAGAUGAAAUAAAUAAAGCUAGUCUUUCCUUUUAAUGUAGUACACUUCUGUAUGUACUGUACAAAAUGACACAAAGCCAAUUCAAUAAAUCAUCCUACAUGAA